UCCACCGCGAUUCCGCGAAAGCGCUUUUGCUCGCCAUCGUCUUCUUCGUUCUCCCUUAGUUCAUCUGAUUUUCUUCCACGCCGUAUCCGUAUCUGUAUCCAGACAAAUCGCAAAUCUAGCUCGGGUUUCCUGAUUUAUAUAUAUUGGGUUUUCUGGAUAACACUGUCCGAAAAUGGACAUACUGUUCGCCCAGAUCCAGGCGGACCUCCGUUCCAACGACGCCCUUCGGCAGUCGUCGGCACUUCUCCAGGCGCUGCAGCAAUCUGCCGCCGGACGUGAUAUCUCAGUCAUUGCGAAAUCUGCGGUGGAGGAGAUCGUAGCUUCGCCGGCAUCCGCCGUCUGUAAGAAGCUCGCGUUCGACCUCAUUCGAUCCACGCGCCUUACGCCGGAUCUGUGGGACACCGUUUGUUCUGGAAUCAAGACGGAUCUUCACUUCCCCGACCCUGACGUUACCGCCGCCGCCGUCUCGAUCCUCGCGGCUCUUCCGUCCUUCUCGCUUCCUAAACUCAUCUCUGAUUGCAGCACUGAGAUUGCUUCAUGCUUCGAUUCGCCAUCUGACAACCUUCGUUUCUCCAUCACCGAGACUCUUGGCUGCAUCCUGGCGCGUGAUGAUCUCGUCACGCUGUGUGAGAACAAUGUUGGCCUCCUGGACAAAGUGUCCAACUGGUGGGCUCGUAUCGGGCAGAACAUGCUCGAUAGAUCUGAUGCCGUCUCGAAGGUUGCAUUUGAGUCCGUCGGUAGGCUGUUCCAGGAGUUUGAUUCGAAGCGGAUGAGCCGUUUGGCUGGUGACAAGCUCGUGGACAGCGAGAAUUCCCUAGCCAUCAGGUCGAAGUGGGUAUCAUCCAUGGUUGACUUUGUGUGGAAAAAGAGAAGCGCUUUGAUGGCUAGGUCUCUGGUUCUUCCGGUUGAAAGCUUUCGAGCCACCGUAUUCCCUCUGGUGUAUGCCGUGAAGGCUGUAGCUUCCGGUAGCGUGGAAGUGAUAAGGCAGCUUUCGAAGGCUUCCUCAGGUGCUGCAACUAAUGGUACGGAUGUGGACUCCAAUGCUGAGAAGUUGGUCGGGGUUUCAGAUCUGGUGACGCAUUUGGCGCCUUUCUUGGCUUCGUCUCUGGAACCAGCUUUGAUCUUUGAGGUGGGAAUUAACAUGCUUUACCUGGCUGAUGUUGCCGGAGGGAAACCGGAGUGGGCUUCGCUGUCCAUCAUCGCAAUUUUAACCCUUUGGGACAGGCAAGAGUUUUCUUCCGCUAGAGAGAGUAUAGUCAGGGCAGUUGUCACGAACUUGCACUUGCUUGAUCUGCAUAUGCAGGUCUCAUUGUUUAGAAGAUUGCUGCUUAUGGUGAGGAACUUGAGAGCAGAAUCAGACAGGAUGCAUGCCUUGGCCUGUAUCUGUCGGACAGCUCUGUGUGUUCAUCUCUUUGCUAGGGAAAGUGUCCGAAGAGGUCAGAAGCCUCUACCUGGGACAGAUAUUAUUUCUCUCUUUGAGGAUGCAAGGAUAAAGGAUGAUCUUAAUAGCGUGACCAGUAAAAGCUUGUUUCGGGAAGAGUUGGUGGCAAUGCUCGUGGAAAGUUGCUUUCAGUUAUCUCUACCUUUGCCUGAACAGAAGAACUCAGGUAUGGAGAGCAGAGUGAUCGGUGCGCUAGCAUAUGGAACUGGUUAUGGUGCUCUGAACUGGACAGAGCCAGCCCUCGAAGUCGUGGAAGUUUGCAAGCCUUGUGUCAAAUGGGACUGUGAUGGCCGGACCUAUGCGAUAGAUUGCUAUUUGAAGUUGCUUGUUAGGCUCUGCCACAGUUAUGAUACCCGGGGAGGAGUGAAACGACUUAAAGAUGGUGCGUCUCAGGAUCAAAUCUUAAACGAGACAAGAUUGCAGAAUUUGCAGCGUGAGCUUGUCAAGGAUCUCCAAGAGGUAAACACUCCGAGAAUCCUUGCUCGUCUUAUUUGGACAGUUGCAGAACACAUUGAUCUGGAGGGUCUCGAUCCACUUCUGGCAGAUGACCCUGACGACCCAUUAAAUAUCAUCAUAGCAAAUAUGCAUAAGGUUCUGUUCAACAUGGAUGCCUCUGCAAACACGUCAAAUAGACUGCAAGAUGUGCAGGCAGUUUUAUUAUGUGCCCAGAGGAUGGGGUCUCGUCAUGCAAGAGCUGGCCAACUGAUUACCAAAGAGCUUGAAGAGUACAAGAAUCAUGCUGCUGCUGAUACAGUUAGCAAGCACCAGACCCGUUUAAUUCUGCAAAGGAUUAAAUAUGCUUCAAAUCAUCCUGAAAACAAGUGGCCUGGGGUUAGUGAAACGAGAGGAGAUUAUCCAUUCAGCCACCACAAGCUCACUGUUCAGUUCUAUGAACCAUCUGCUGCUCAAGACAGGAAAUUAGAAGGAUUAAUUCAUAAGGCCAUUGUAGAGCUUUGGAGGCCAAAGCCUAGUGAAUUAACUCUCUUCCUCACAAAGGGGGUCGACUCAACCUCAGUGAAGGUUUCUCCCACGGCGUAUCCGUUGACUGGCAGCAGUGAUCCUUGCUACAUUGAAGCUUACCAUUUAGCAGAUACAAAUGAUGGAAGAGUCACUUUACACUUGAAGAUUAUAAAUUUGACAGAGCUUGAGCUGAAUCGUGUGGAUAUACGGGUCGGGUUAUCGGGUGCCCUGUACUUCAUGGAUGGGUCUCCUCAAGCAGUGCGGCAGUUGCGUAAUCUUGUUUCACAGGAUCCAGUAAGAUGUAGUCUAACAGUUGGUGUCUCCCAAUUUGAAAGAUGUGCAUUCUGGGUCCAAGUACUAUACUAUCCAUUCCAUGGCAUAACGGGUGGGGAUUACGAAGGCGAUUAUGCAGAAGAAGAUCCACAGAUGCUGAGGCAGAAGAGAGUUUCACGACCUGAACUUGGAGAGCCGGUGAUAUUGAGAUGUCAGCCUUACAAAAUCCCGCUUACAGAGCUUCUUUCGCCGCUCAAGAUCUCGCCGGUAGAGUUUUUUCGCUUAUGGCCAAGUUUGCCAGCCGUUGUGGAGUACACUGGCACAUAUACCUACGAGGGAAGUGGCUUCAUGGCAACCGCUGCUCAACAAUAUGGAGCUUCGCCCUUCUUAAGCGGACUGAAGUCAUUAUCCUCCAAGCCAUUCCACAGGGUCUGUUCCCACAUUAUCCGUACCGUCGCUGGUUUUCAGCUUUGUUACGCGGCAAAAACAUGGCACGGAGGGUUCCUGGGAAUGAUGAUAUUUGGAGCUAGUGAAGUGAGCAGGAACGUGGAUCUGGGUGAUGAGACGACCACGAUGAUGUGCAAAUUCGUGGUGCGAGCAUCGGAUGCAUCCAUCACGAAGCAAAUAGAGGCAGAUCUUCAGGGAUGGUGUGAUGAUCUGACUGAAGGCGGGGUUGAGUACAUGCCCGAAGACGAUGUCAAGUCUGCAGCUGCUGAGAAGCUUAGAAUCUCGAUGGAAAGGUUAGCUCUGUUGAAAGCCGCUCGACCCAAAAAGACUCCAAAGGUGGAGGAGGAGGAAGAGGAAGAGGAAGAGGACGAUGAAGAAGGAGAAAAAGAGAAAGAAGGAGAAGAGGGAGAGAAGCCAGAGAAGAAGGAGAAGAAGAAGAAGAAAGAGAAGGAGAAAGGGAUGUUGUCAAAGUUAACAGCAGAGGAGACGGAGCAUCGUGCCCUCCAGGCAGCGGUUCUUCAGGAGUGGCAUAUCUUGUGUAAAGACCGGAAAACCAACAAGUCUUGAUUUUUUUUCCUUCUGUAUCUUUUUUACUGUUACCUGGUUGUCAAAUUUUUGUUUGGCUUUCAAUCAAAUGUUUUCGUCGUAUUAUCUUUUGUUGUAAUUUGCUGUCCCGAUGAAUCCUAUUGAGUGAUUUGGUUGGAA